AUGGCUCUCGUACCGCCCGACCCAUCUAUGCAAUUCGCGCACAUCUUGCGUCUGCUCAACACCAAUGUUGAUGGCAAGGUCAAGAUCAUGUACGCCCUUACUCAAAUCAAGGGUGUCGGUCGCCGCUUUGCCAACGUCGUCUGCAAGAAGGCUGACAUUGAUCUGAACAAGCGUGCCGGCGAGCUCAACUCGGACGAGCUCGAGCGCAUCGUCAACAUCCUUCAAAGCCCGCAAGAGUUCAAGAUUCCGGAGUGGUUCCUUAACAGGCAACGUGACAUCACCACUGGCAAGUCCUCGCAAAUCACUUCCAACAACAUCGACUCGGCCCUGCGUGACGACAUCGAGAAGUUGAAGAAGAUUCGGGCGCACAGGGGUAUCCGCCACUACCUUCAACUCAGGGUCAGGGGUCAACACACUAAGACUACCGGUCGGAGGGGCAAGAGUAUUGCCGGCAAGAAGAAGUAAAUGGACUUGUAGAGUCGCGCUUCUUCUCUUCAUGUAUACUUUCUGUUACAAUAUGACCUCGCAUGCAUGACAC